AGCGUACAUCGCACGUGGGUCUUCUGUCGGUCUGUCUGUCUAUCUCGCGCGCGCGCACGAUGUUGGAUAAACAGGUGGUUCUGAUAACGGGCUGCUCCGCCGGCGGGAUAGGCAACGCCCUGGCACGGGCCUUCGCCGCCGAGAACUGCCUGGUGGUUGCGACCAGUCGGUCGCUGCCGUCCAUGGCGAACUUGGAACACGACAAGAGGUUCUUCCUUGAAGAGCUCGACGUUUCUUCCGACCAUGGUGUGAAAAAGGCUGUAUCUAAUGUCCUUGAAAAUUUUGGACGGAUUGAUAUACUCGUUAAUAACGCCGGCGUCCAUUGCGUGGGUCCACUUGCCGAGAUUCCGCUAUCUGCCAUUGAAACUACUUUCAAUACCAAUAUUUACGGGUCUCUGAGGUUGAUACAAGCUGUGGUUCCUCACAUGGCAAAUAGGAGGAAGGGGAUGAUUGUAAACAUGGGAAGUGUUGCCGCUUUAGCCCCUGGACCAUGGGGAGGUGCUUAUACUGCAUCUAAAGCUACUAUACAUGCACUAACUGAUACCUUGAGAUUGGAACUUGCCCCUUUUGGGAUCGAUGUUGUGAAUGUUGUCCCAGGAGCGAUAAAGUCAAACAUAGGAAAUUCUGCUAUUGCUAGCCACGAUCGUAUGCCCGAAUGGAAAUUGUACAAGAACUUUGAGGAAGCAAUUCGAGCAAGAGCUUACUUCUCACAGCGCUCAAAGUCCACCCCUUCUGAAGAGUUUGCAAAGAAGACAGUAGCAGCGUUGUUGAAAAAGAAUCCACCAUGUUGGUUCACUUAUGGCCAAUAUUCCACCGUAUUUGCAAUUUUGCACCAUAUGCCAAUAUUUGUUAAAGAUUUCGUUAUUAGAAAGGCAAUGAAAUGUUGAAAACUUCAUUUGUAUGUUAAGAUUUCUCGAUUUGGUAGACCAAUGUUUUCAACAAAA